AUGGAAGAAAACAGUAACAACAAACAUCUCAACAUUCCUGUGACCUUGAAAGGGAUUAAUUAUCUCUUCUGGGCCAGGAUGGUGAAGAGAGCCCUUGGAGGAAAAGGUUUAUGGAAGUAUGCUACAACAGCAGCAGCUCCAAAACAAACUGUCCAAGGAGAAGAUGGAAAGGAGAUGGUGGUAGCUGAUGAAGAUAAAUGGGGUCAAGAAAAUCUUAUGGUGCUCUCAGCUCUCCUCAGCUCCCUUGAACCAGCAAUCAUGGAGUCUUACUCAUACUGUGAGACUACCAAGCAGCUGUGGGACACUCUCUACAAAGUUUAUGGAAAUGUCUCCAACCUAACUAGGGUCUUUGAAGUGAAGAAAGCCCUCAACGGUCUCAGUCAAGGAGAUAUGGAGUUUCAACCUCACUUUGGCAAGUUUAGAUCUCUUUGGGCAGAGCUGGAGCUACUGAGACCAUACACUGUGGAUCCUGACAUUCUUCUAGCCAGGCAUGAGGAAGAUAAAGUCUUUGGAAUGCUGCUCACUCUCAACUCAUCCUAUGGAGGUCUUAUCAAGCACAUCUUAAGGGCAGAUAAGCUCCCUGAUCUAGAUGAUGUUUGUGCUCAAAUCCAGAAGGAAGAAGGGUCUGUGAGCCUAUUUGGAAGCAAGGGAGACUUGAGCAUGGCUCACAAGGCUGAGGAAGUAAUAGCCAAAAAAGCUGCUUACAAGCAAGAGGAUAGGAAGUCUUUGACCUGUGACCACUGCAAGAAGAAGGGGCAUCUGAAAGACAAGUGCUGGAUCCUGCAUCCCCAUCUGAAGCCAAACAAGUUCAAGGAGACAAGAUCCCAGUACCAGGAUGCAAGAGCCAACUUCUCAGCUGAUGGUGUUGAGCCAGCAACCCCAAACUCAGUCUACUCCAGCAGCCAUGGUGGAGGAAGUGCUAUGGCAUCAACCUCUGCGUACACCACACCAAGGACUAACCUGGACUUGGAGACUCUCAUCAAAGCCCUAAAAGAAUCUGGUAUCUCUAGAACUCUUGGAAUAUCUCUUAAUGCCUCUCACACUGCUGGUGAUAUUUUAAAUGUUUCAAAAUCAGCUAAACCAUUGGUAAUAGACUCUGGUGCUUCACAUCAUAUGAUUAAUGAUAAAAAUCUGAUUAAAAACAUAAAACCAGCUUCAGGAAAUGUGAUGAUAGCAAAUGGUGAUAAAAUUCCAAUAUAA